AUGGACCUGAAUAUGCGGGCCAUCCAAAUUGCUGUGAAAAACACUGAUUGCAAGCACUUGUAUCAGAAGCUGGAAGGCCCCUUGCGAGCUCUUUUGCAACCUUGUUUAGGCCCACAGGGCACACAGCGUGCGCAUUUUUUUGGAAAUUUGACGGUGUCAAGUGGGUGGGGCCGCUGGGGCCUGCGGUUCGCGGAAGCUUCGCGUAGGCCAGGCGACCGAGAAGGGUGCGUGGGAUCACAGAAAUGUCACUCAGGUUGCAGAAGCUUGGGGGAUGUGCUGGUUCGCAGAAGUUGGCGGAAGGUGCUGAGGUUCGCAGAACUUUGUGGGAGAGGCUCGUGCUUCGCAGAAGUUGAGUAG